UCCAGUUCCUAUGAAAAUGCUUCCAAUGAACCAAACGAGGCCUUACACUGUGAAGGAAGAUGGAGACGGAAACAAAGUCGAUCUGAAAUCCUUGUCAGGAAGGAAAAGAGAGUGAAGUCUAUUGUUUGAGAUGAUAUUUUCGUGUCCACGAGAUUUGUAUUUGACAUUUCCAGUUACAGUUUCUCCUAUUAUUACAGUUUUUGGGUGCUCCCAUCACAAAUGCCCAGAAAAGUCCAAAUCGGCAACAGAUUGCAGUACGUAAUAAAUAAAAGGCCCUCCUGCUUCUUGCAUCGUCUCCCACAUCGUGCCCCUCUGUAAUUUCGUCCUCUUAAAGUUAAGCGGUCUUGGGCUCAAUUUCCGGCACCACCACCUCUUUAAAGCUAGCGGUAUCGCGGUCAGUUUGCGACAGCGCCACUAGCUUCUCCGUUCUGGGUCACGUUUUUGCCGUUCUAAGCUUGUUUCCAUUUGCUUUACAUAAAGUUACCCAAACGGUUCUCCAUAUGUAUGGCCGACGCCAAAGAUUCCUUCAUGCUUGACGCUAAAUCUCCGAAAGGAUCAUUUCCUCCUCCAACUCCUCAACCUCUAUCUCAUCACAAGCAUUUCCUUAUGGCUCACGAGAUCCUUCGACUCUUGGCCAUCCUGCUUUCCGGAGCUUCAAUUGCAGUCAUGGUCACCAAUAGCCAAACUGUUACCAUCUUCUCGUUCCAGUACGAAGCCCAUUACUAUUACUCCUCUUCUCUCAAAUUCUUGGUCGCUGCAAAUGGCAUAGUCUGUGGCUUUUCUCUGCUUACACUCAUCAUGAGUCUCCUUCUGCUGAGACGUCAGGGAUCGUUGCAACGCCCUUACGCCUUCUUUUUCCUGAUUCUGCACGAUAUAUUUCUGACGGUGCUGAUUAUAUCAGGAUGUGCGGCGGCAACUGCAAUAGGAUACGUCGGUCAGUAUGGAGAAUCGCAUGUGGGAUGGCAGGCCAUCUGUGACCGAGUGCCCAAAUUCUGCAAAAGAAACAUGGUCUCCCUCUUUCUCUCUUAUCUGGCUUUCUUUGCCUAUCUGGGACUUACUAUUUUAAUGGCUUACAAGCUCAUGUCUUCUCCUCCUAAGAACUAGGUUCAAAGCAUUGGUAGAUUAUACAGCCUUUCCUAGUUACUUGUAUGUUGCAGAAAUUGAGAUUUUUUCCCCUUGUGUCUGUUUCGGUGCUAUAACAGCGAUGUUAAUGUUUAGUGACUAUGGAUAGUAUUCAAUAACUGUCGUAGAGAAACAGAUAUUAUCAUAUAUCAGCCACUUCAACCUUCAUUAAUUACAUGGCAUUAACUUGAUCUUA